CUGAACAACCACCAUGUUCGCGGUUACGACGACCGGGUCACUCACUCUGCUCAACUCUGCUUCAUUGAAAAAAUCCUCAAUAAGCACAUCCACUUCCCUCGAAUUCCAGCCCUCGACGACAUGUUGGUCGACAGAUAACACCGUCUUGUAUCUCGCCUCAAACAACACGAUCUCCAGAUACCACCACUCCCAGAACUUCUUGGAGGAGAUUUUCUCAACCGAAGAUUCACCGAUCACCAGAAUUAUUUCCAAAGACAAAUCGACUCUCAUUUUUUCAGUUGCCGAAACGAUUCAUUUCCUCGAGUCGUGUACCAUGACCACCACACCGAAACUUUCCUCACAGAAAUCAAAUAUGAGUCAUAAAUCCUCAAUAAACUCGUUAUCAAUAUCGAAUGACAACACUCUCCUUCUAUCUGCUUCAUCGAGUACGGUGCACGUCCAUAACCUCACGCACAGUAACACGAAUCCGACUACGACUCUGCGGGGUUUACCCUCUCCAAAUCAAAUCGCAACCGCGUUAUUUCAUGCUCACAUACGGACCAGAGUGCUCGUAGGUGUUGGUAAACAGCUUUUAGUUUACGACACCACUCGACCUUCAGCGCCGUUGAAGACGUUUACGAUGGAAGGAGAGGGAGAGGUGGAAAUGAUUGCUUUUAGUCCAUUCAGCAAGACGCUGGUUGCCGUUGCUAUGGGUGGUGCCGGAGCUGGUACUAUAGGGCUAGUGGAUUUAGAAAAAGAGAAAGGCCUCUUCCGAACAAUUGACACGAAAGUACCGAUAACAGCGCUAUCCUUUUCACCUGAAGGAGCAUCAAUAUACGCAGGGACUGAAACAGGAAAACUUCUCGUCAUCGACUUGCGUGCGUUGGAUAAACCGCCGUCUGUUGUCGAGAUCUCCGGCGAGGGGAGUGGUGGAGGACAUGUCGUUGCCAUCAGUAUUCAGAAAAAAACCCCUGGUACCCCAGUUUCGGCGCCGAGAAAGCCUUCUACAACCUCCGCUACGACAACUUCUCCUACUGUACGAAGACCCGUAUCCGCUUCGAAGUCCAACGGUACACCCGCCGCCAAACGAACCGUGUCGUUUUCGCGCACUGUCGCGGUCAAUGCGGGCAAAUCUGGUGCUCCUACACUCUCCAGUCCCACCGUUCCUUCGAUCAAGAAGGUGUUUUCUCCAGCACGAAGUCCUCUAGCCAACAGCAGUAACCGAAAAAGCAGACCAGAAGGCGAAGAGGAUUUCUCUGGCACAAUCCGACGCGGCAACCCUCCAAGUCCGCUGGCAGCAAUAUCAGUAGCAAAGAAAGAAAAAGAAAAGAACAAGCUUUCGUCAACCGGAACUUUACCUCCUACAUCCCGUACGAGAACCAUCUCUUCCAUUUCGAAAGCGUCUGUAGCUGCUUCAGCUGCUGGAGGUGUUCGUAUGGGUGCUAAAGUCAGCAUGCCGGUCACUUCCACCUCUCGAACUUCACCAAAGAAUUCCACUACCACCACCACAAACCCUACCUCGCGUGCUACUACUAGCACCAUGACCGCUGGCGAAUCGAUUUCAACAGCUGGAUCUCACAGACCACGGAUGAAGACUACCGGGCCCGGGGGUCAUUCGGGUUUAAGUUCGGAUUCAGUACCUCCCGUACCGACUUUACCCAAAGGUCUCGUCGUCAGUACAGUAGACAUUGGAGGUGCUAAAAUGGAAAGCCGGGAUCGUAUGCGUACACGUACACGAACGGGGACGCUUAGUACGACGGAUACGAAGACCCCUUCUCCGGAUUUGCCUAGUCUCCGCGAUAGUGGAAAUAUCAGCGGUUCCGAACAUGAGCAUGAAGUUCCGGGUGAGGGGCAUCUCCCUGUCAAGAAAGGACUGGGGUUUAGAGGCUUGGGCUUAGGUGUACCUGGUCGUGGUCAUGGGUCUGGAACUCACGAUAAGGAUGAUGGAUCAGGCAACCGAGGGGGUGUGGAUGAUUUCUUUGAUGAGGAUGAGGAUGGGAGAGGUGUUGUUGAGGUUUCAAGUGAAAAAGAGGAAAAUCAACUAGAAGAUGAGGAAGAAGAAGAAACAAGUGAAAGGGACGGUGAUCUAAGCAUGCAAAUCUCACCUGCACGUCGUCCGACAGCGAAAGGACAAGCACAUUUACCAUCUGACCGUCAUCAUUCUCAUCAUGUAUUCGAUACCUACAACCCCAACGGAAACCAAUCACCGCAAACCUUCCUCCGCUCCAUCAUCCACAACGUCCUGUCAGACUUCCAGCUCCAAACCCACCAGGAAAUGACGGAUUUGCAUUUGGACCUUGUCAGGAUCCGACGUGGGUGGAAGGAUGAUGUUAGGGAGGUUGUGAGGGAGGAGAUCCGGGGCGUUGUGGACAGAGUGGGUAUGGAGGUUAGGGAGGGUCUGGAUGCCGGGAUACGGAGGGAGAUCCGGGAUGGUGUAUUCCCAUCUUCAACGACGGUGAUGCGGCAAGGAGAUUCGGAUUUGAGAGAGAUGAAAGAAGAGAUUCGGAUGCUUAGGGAGGAGAACGCGAACUUGAGACGGGUGGUUGCUGCUACCAGUGGUACUGGUUCUGCGUAGUGGGAUAAGUUAUUUUGUUAUGUUUAUUUUCACUUCGACUAACCUUAUCCUCGUUGACGAUCUUCAUGAGUAACUCUUUCUGAUUUACUUACCUUGCAACUGUUUCGAUGUAGAUACUGAAGCACUGAUUACUCAGGCUCACGAUAGCUGUUUACGAUUACUUAUCUGGUCCAUGGAAC